AUGGCAGUGAGUUUGACGCCAACACCGCCAAUCCUCUUUAGCAACCCCUUCUUCUCAUCUGCCAUCGCAACCCGUGGCAACUACUCCUCUCGUCUUCCUCUCCAAGCAUCUCCUCGCCCCUGCUUCCCCCAUGUCCAAGCAUCACCUGUGGCAGCGAAAGCUACACCAUCCUCUAGUAUUGAACAAGAAACAACAGAUGUGGAUUAUGAUGACGUUGCUCCCAAGAUGUUGUCCAGCUAUGGGCCCUCUUUGUGGGGUGACUACUUCCUCAACUACGAGCCAAAACCACUGCAGGCAUACACUACCCCCACCGCGGGUGCAGAUGAGCUCGGGUGCAGAGAUGGAUUUUUGCACGAAUAUUCACAAAUCAUAGAACAAUAUUAUUCUCCACUAGGACAUGUCGGGCUAAACUAUGCUCGGGACCGCCUGGUCGAGGGUUACAUUUGGUGCUAUGCGAUAUACCAUGAGAAAGAUUUUGCGUUGUCCAGAAUAUUUCUUACGAAGCAGUUGAUGCUUAUUUCCCUGAUGGAUGACACGUAUGAUUCCCAUGCCACCAUAGAGGAAUGUCGAUUGCUAAAUGCGGCCAUACAAAGAUGGGAUGAGAGUGCCACUUCUCUUCUACCCAACUACCUUCAAAGAUUCUAUAUUGAAUUGUUGAGGAUAUUUAAUGAACAUAAGCGUGAAGUGGCCAUUCGUGACACCUACCAUGUUGCCUAUGCCCGGAAAGUGUUUCAAGAUCUAUCAGCUUAUUAUCUCCAAGAAGCUGAAUGGUUACACCAGAAUCACAAGCCAAGCUUCAAAGAUCAAAUGAGUUUAUCUGCCAUGUCCAUAGGAUCACCAACAUUAUGUAUAGGUUUGAUGGUUGGCAUGGGUGAUCUAGUGACGAGGGAAUCAUUUGAGUGGGCAGCUGGUUACCCUAAUGUCACCAUAUCAUGCGGGAAGAUAGCAUGUCUAAUGGAUGACAUUGCUGCAUUUAAAGGCGGGAAGGCCAAGGGAGAUAUAACAACCUCUAUAGAGUGUUACAUGGUUGAGCAUAGGGUCACAAGUGCGGUUGCCAUUUCCAAGAUCCUUUCACUGCUAGAAGAUGACUGGAAAACUCUAAAUCAAGCUCUCUUUCAACAUCACGCACAACUCCCGAUGGUGCGGAGGAUUAUUAACUUUGCUAAUAGCAUGCCAUUAUUCUAUGCUGAGAAAGAUGCAUAUACCUUCAAUAUCCAUCUUAAGGAUACCGUUGAGAGCCUUUUUGUUGAAACCAUUCCCAUGUAG